AUGAGCCCACACCAGAUCCACACCCACCUGGUGGGCUGCUCCGGGGGCACCCAGGUGGGCUGGCAGUGCCAAAAGGACCGGCAGCCAGCCCCGGGGGCAUGCAGCUUUGUGGGGCCGGGGCCGGGGCCACCUCUGCUGCUGCACCGGGCACCUGGCGAGGUGCUGCCCGCUCCGGCUCGGGAUGUCCGCCCGCUUUGGGGCCGUUUCGGGGUUCGCCGGGGUCACUCCGCCAGCGAGGCGAUGCCGCCUGCCAAGGCAGGAGGGAGCGGGGAGGGCGGGGAGGAGGGAGGGAGGAGGCACGGGAGGAUCGGCUGCUGCCCGCCGGCUGCCAGCGCGGCCGGCUCGGGACGGGGCUCCGCGGGCACCGCCGGGCACCGAGCGGGGCUUCUGCCGGGCCGGCUGCGCUGCCGCCCCCGGCCGGGGGGGCCACGGGGGGCCCCGCACGUCUGUGUGCCCACCCCGCACCUCUGGGUGCCUCCUCUGCAUCUUGUUUUCCCACAAAUUCUUCCAGGAAAGCCCAAGGUGUACCAAGGUGUGAGGGUGAAGAUCACAGUCAAGGAGUUGCUGCAGCAGAGGAGAGCACGACAAGCAGCCACUGGUUCAGCAGAAAAAGUGAAAGGUGGUGGGGAGGGAAGUCACCUCGGUGACCUGCACAAGUUUUCCAGCUGCCUCUCCUGUGAGGAAAGCCCUGGAUACCUGGAGCAGCUGAUAGAUUCCUGCCUGCAGUCGGAUGCACCCUCCGAGCCAGCCUUCAGUGCCUUCCAGCCAUCCUCACACUACACCCCAGACACCUUCCAGCCAGUCCAGCUCUGCUUCAACCAGGGCCUGGCUGCCAGCUCGCCCAGCUCAGCCGACCUGCCCAGCCCGUGGAACUCCAGCUGCUCUCCCCCUCAGCUCUCUCCCCUCACCCCUCUGACCCCCAGCCCACCCUUCAGCUGCCCCAUGGAGGAGUGGCCCUGCCACCCCCCCUGCCCCUUGCCCAGCCCUGCCUGCUGCUGCACAGCCUGUGGCUCCAGGGACAGCAGGGGCCCGCAGUGCUUCCCCUGCCCCAGCACGGACUGCACGGAAUUCCUGCCACCCCUGGCCCUGGCCGAGGACUUCUUCAGGAGGGACAGGAGCUGUGACAUUUGCUACAGCUAA